AUGAAGCCACAGCAUCGGUUUGUCAGUAAGCGGUGGGUUACAGGUGUCAGCUCGUGUUUGUUCAGCGACGUCGUGACCUCACAAACACCCGUGUCGCCUCACCUGCGUGCCCGGUUAUCUAAAUCAGCCGCCUAUACAUGGCGCCGUUCUCUUCCCGUCGUUCUCCCGAUGACUGCCUCAGCCCCCGGCCUGAACGCCGCCUUUUGA